AUGGCGAGCAGCAGCAAAGGGGUAGCAAAGGAUACACCCUCUCACUCAAAACAUCCCGGGCACGUUAAAUGGGCCCCUGCACCUGCUUCCGAUGAGCACAGGCCGUUGCUGGAUGACGACAUUGAGCGUGCGGAUGAGGAAGACAACGGUCAGGACAACUCUAGCGGCUCAGUUUCUCGCUUGCAUCGCACGUCGAAAAUCGGUUUGUUGCUUGGCCACGGCAGACGACCCUCGUAUUCGGGCAUCAGCGAAGAAGGCAGACAGGCUCCCGGUUCCUGGAGAUGGUGGCUGCACGUGUUCGCGUCCGCACUCGUAGCUCUCCUCGUCGUGGCAGUGAUCAUUGCAGCGAUUAAGUCAGGAGAAGAUGAUCAUCCAACCGGGCCUUAUCCGGAACCGCCGCACCAUACAACCGCAGCCACGGGUACGUUCUCAGUACCUCAUGUUGAGCCGACGGGCAAACCCCGCAAUCCGGCGUACAUGAUCAAGGCGAUCCAUGGCGCCGUCGCGACAGAAAACGAGAAGUGCUCGGAGAUGGGUGUAGACAUCCUCAAGGCAAUUGGCUGCGAUUCUUCUGCUAUAUGA